GUCCAUGGGGGAGGUGCAUGGGAGAUGAAUGUGGUCCAGGAGGCAUCCAGACACGAGCAGUUUGGUGUGCUCAUGUGGAAGGCUGGACCACACUGCCCACAAACUGCAAGCAGCCAGAGCGACCAGACAACCAGCAGAGCUGUUUUCGGGUCUGCGACUGGCACAAGGAGCUGUACGACUGGCAGAUUGGCCAGUGCCGGCCUGUCCUCUCACGUAGCCAUGAAAAGCCCUUCGAGUGCCUCAGAGGAGAGGAAGGAAUCCAGACAAGGGACAUCACCUGUAUCCAGAAGUCCAAUGGGGUUCCAGCUGAGGAUGUCAUCUGUGAGUACUUUGAGCCGAAGCCCCGGCAAGAGCAGGCCUGUCUCAUCCCGUGCCGGCAGGACUGCAUUGUGGCUGAAUUCUCCCCCUGGUCGGAGUGCUCGAAGACCUGUGGCAAUGGGCUUCAGCAUCGAACUCGGCAUGUUGUGGCUCCACCACAGUUUGGUGGGUCUGCUUGUCCUAACCUCACUGAAUUUCAGAUCUGUCAGUCUAGCCCGUGCGCUGUUGAAGAAAGCCUGUAUAGUCUAAAUGUGGGACCCUGGAGCACAUGCUCAGUGCCCCAUUCAAGGCAAAUAAGGCAAGCAAGGAAACGAGGGAAGAACAAAGACAAGGAAAAGGACAGAGAAAAGACAGUUCGAGAUCCUGAUGCUCGUGAGUUAAUUAAGAAGAAGAGGAACCGUAACAGACAGAACAGACAGGAGAACAAAUAUUGGGACAUACAAAUUGGGUACCAAACCAGGCAGGUCACAUGUACUCACAGAAAUGGGAAAACUGCUGCUCUGAGCUUCUGCAAACAGGACAAGCUGCCCAUUACAUUCCAGUCCUGUGUGAUCACGAAGGAGUGCCAGGUGUCAGAGUGGUCAGAAUGGACUCCCUGCUCCAAAACCUGCUUUGACAUGACAACCCCUAAAGGGAAUCGUACAAGAUCACGGAUCAUUAAACAGCUUCCUGUUGGCAGUGAAAGUGAAUGCCCACAACUAGAAGAAACAGAACAGUGUGUUUCUCAAGGAGAUGGUGUGGCACCAUGCAUUACGUAUGGCUGGCGGACUACUGAGUGGACAGAAUGCCGUGUGGAUCCUCUCCUUAGCCAACAGGACAAGAGACGAGGCAAUCAGACAGCGCUGUGCGGAGGUGGCAUUCAAACUAGGGAAACGUACUGUGUGCAAGCUAAUGAAAAUCUCCUCUCCUACUUAAAUACCCUCAAGGAUAAAGAAGAAAGUCAGUCACAGAGCAAGUCGAAGGCUAGUGCUGCACCUCUGCUAUCGAUCACUUUUGAAAUAACAGCUUCGAGGCCAGUGGACCGUAAGCUGUGUACAGGACCUCUGCCCAGCACCUCCCAGCUGUGCCAUAUUCCCUGUCCUACAGAGUGUGAGACCUCGGCAUGGUCAGCCUGGGGCCCGUGCACCUAUGAAAGCUGUGAUGACCCUCAGGCCAAGAAGGGCUUUAAACUAAGGAAACGUCGCAUCACCAAUGAGCCUACGGGAGGAACAGGAAACUGCCCUCAUCUGCUGGAAGCCAUCCCAUGUGAAGAGCCCUCCUGCUAUGACUGGAGAAUCACAGGACUGGAGGAAUGCAUUCCAGACAAUGAAAAGCCAUGUGGCCCUGGUACGCAGGUUCCUGUUGUCGUCUGCAUCAACAGUGAUGGAGAAGAGGUUGACAGACAGCUGUGUAGAGAUGCUAUCUACCCAAUCCCAGUUGUCUGCGAAGCUCCGUGCCCAAAGGACUGUGUGCUCAGCAUGUGGUCUGCAUGGUCCUCCUGCUCCCACACCUGCUCCGGCAAAACCACAGAAGGGAAGCAGAUGCGUGCCCGUUCCAUUCUGGCGUAUGCAGGUGAAGGAGGAAUACAGUGCCCAAAUAGUAGUGCCCUACAGGAAACACGCAGCUGUAACGAACACUCUUGCACUGUGUAUCAUUGGCAGACCGGCCCAUGGGGACAGUGCAUAGAGGAUACGUCUGUCUCUGCUUUCAACUCCUCUGCCAACUGGAAUGGGGAGGCCACCUGUUCUGUGGGGAUGCAGACAAGAAAGGUCAUUUGUGUGAGAGUCAACGUGGGACAAGUGGGCCCGAAAAAAUGCCCUGAAAGCCUUCGACCCGAAACUGUGAGACCUUGUCUGCUUCCCUGUAGGAAGGACUGUAUAGUGACUCCAUUCAGUGACUGGACAGUGUGUCCUUCUUCAUGUCAGGAAGGGGGUGUCACGAUAAGGAAGCAGUCCCGUCACCGAGUCAUCAUCCAGCUCCCCGCCAACGGUGGUCGAGAGUGCCCAGACUCUUUGUUUGAGGAAAGGGAAUGUGAAGUUUCCCCUGUCUGCCAUAGCUACAGGUGGAAGACUCACAAAUGGCGCAGGUGCCAGCUAGUGCCAUGGUAUGUGCGCCAAGACAGUCCGGGAGCACAUGAGACUUGUGGACCUGGGCUACAAGCAAGAGCAAUUACUUGUCGCAGACAAGACGGAGGACAAGCUGACGUCAGUGAGUGCCUUAAAUACUCUGGCCCAUUACCAUCCUUAACACAGACAUGCCAGAUUCCCUGCCAAGAUGACUGUCAGUUUACGAACUGGUCAAAAUUUUCUCCCUGUAAUGGGGACUGUGGAGGAGUCAGGACAAGAAAGCGCACUCUUGUUGGAAAAAGUAAGAAAAAGGAUAAAUGCAGAAAUUCUCAGUUGUAUCCUCUGAUUGAGAAUCAAUUUUGUCCAUGUGACAAGUACAGUGCUCAGCCUGUGGGAAAUUGGUCAGACUGUAUUUUACCAGAGGGUAAGAUGGAAGUAUUGCUGGGAAUGAAGGUACAAGGAGAUAUUAAGGAAUGUGGACAAGGCUAUCGUUACCAGGCCAUGGCAUGCUAUGACCAAAACAAUCGACUUGUGGAAACAUCACGGUGCAACAGUCACGGAUUCAUAAUUCAAGCCUGCUUGAGUUGUUUUU